UUUUCCGGCCGCUGGAGCCUCGCAGUGAGCGUGGAUCUUAUCUGUGCUCCACAAAAUUGUAAAAAAUAAAAAAAAUAAAAAAAAUGAGUGUCCCUGCAUUCAUUGACAUCACAGAAGAGGAUCAGGCUUCCGAGCUCCGGGCCUACAUCAAAUCCAAAGGAGCAGAAAUCUCUGAGGAGAACUCCGAGGGAGGUCUUCAUAUUGACCUGGCUCAGAUUAUUGAGGCAUGUGAUGUGUGCCUCAAAGAUGAUGACAAGGAUGUGGAGAGUGUGAUGAACAGCAUUGUGUCCCUGCUGCUGAUUCUGGAGACAGACAAGCAAGAGGCCUUAAUUGAGAGCCUGUGUGAGAAGCUUGUGAAGUUCAGGGAAGGCGAGCGCACCUCUCUUAGGAUGCAGCUCCUGAGCAACCUGUUCCACGGUAUGGAUGAGAACACGCCGGUGAGGUACACGGUGUACUGCAGUCUGAUUAAGGUGGCAGCUGCAUGCAACGCCAUCUCCUUCAUCCCCACAGACCUGGACCAAGUUCGUAAAUGGAUUGUUGACUGGAACCUGAACACAGAAAAGAAACACACUCUGCUGAGGCUUGUGUAUGAGGCCUUGGUUGAUUGCAAGAAGAGUGAGGCUGCAGCCAAAGUGAUGGUGGAGCUGUUGGGAAGUUACACAGAAGACAAUGCUUCCCAAGCUCGGGUGGAUGCCCACAGGUGCAUUGUCCGUGCUUUGAAAGAUCCAAAUACAUUUUUGUUUGACCAUCUCCUGGCUCUGAAGCCUGUACGUUUCCUGGAGGGAGAGCUGAUUCAUGAUCUCCUGACCAUCUUUGUGAGUGCAAAGUUGGCAGCCUACGUCAAGUUCUACCAGAGCAAUAAAGACUUCAUUGAUUCUCUUGGUCUGUCACAUGAGCAGAAUAUGGCAAAGAUGAGACUGCUCACUUUCAUGGGCAUGGCUGUGGAGAUGAAGGAGAUCUCUUUCGACACGAUGCAGCAGGAACUGCAGAUCGGCGCUGACGACGUGGAGGCCUUCGUCAUUGAUGCUGUCCGGACCAAAAUGGUCUAUUGCAAAAUUGACCAGACCCAGCGUAGAGUUGUCGUGAGCCACAGUACCCACCGCACCUUUGGCAAGCAGCAGUGGCAGCAGCUGUAUGACAGUCUCAGUGCCUGGAAGCAGAACCUGGCCACCGUGAAGACCAGUCUGCAGACACUCUCUCCUAACGCCUGACCACCCAAUCUCUGCUGAAGCCACUCCCGUUUCAGUUUUUUUAUAUAUAUAUAUAUAUAUAUAUAUACACACACACACACACACACACCCACACACCCACCCACAUUCAAUAAAAGACAAAUAAUGACCAUAUUGUUUUUGACUAUUUGUGGUUUUGCUACUUUUAGUUUGUUUACUCUGUUUUUUGUUGACUUGCCCAGUCUGUGGGUGCUGUGGUUUGGAGGUUUGCCUGAGGCUUUAGUCUGGCCCUGAUCAGUGAGGAAGAUCAUCGAUAGGAGCACAACAUGGUGGUGCUGAGGGGUAUAGGACAGGCUAAUGGCCUUUCACAGGCUAUGCCAUUUGUGGAGGGAUACAAGCUCAUGUGCUCCACACCGGUGAGUCUCUGAUGUUUCAAGUAAUGCCAUUGCUCCCAUUAGGCACACUUCAGGGAAGUGCUGGAUUUGCUAAUAUGUCAGCAAAAUGUUCAUUUAUUGAAAAGCCUUAUAUUUAAAAGAAGUGCUUAAAGAUUUCUCUUUGAAUCAAGUUGUAUGGAAUUUUGUGUCCUAGCGAUCUCCUCAUUUCGGUACAUGACAGCAUGUGCUUCUGGAGAAUGUAACCUCUUUUAUGUCUUGUAGAGUAUGUAGUAAUUUGUUUUAGACAGCAUUAAACUGUGAGAAGUAUGUGUAUUUGUGAUUGGGUUUAAAGAAAAAAAAAAAUUUGUCUGUUCCAUUUAUUUAUAGUAUGUCGCUUGGCACUUUAAAUGUCUCUUUAAAACCUGUAAGUCAGCCAGGGCUUUUCCUGUUAACCCAACCUCACAUCGGUGUAACCUGGACAUGACAAAGUGAGGAAAAAUGUGGCUUAACUAAACCACAUGUAACAGUGACCAACAAUCUUCUCUCUCUCUCUUGCUCUCCUUCCUGUCAUGCUUCUUGCUUAACAGUUCAUACUCCAAUGAUGUGCUGUUGAGAUGUAGCAGUUGUGGUUCAUUUCUUCACUUCUGUAUGUGCUUUUUCAUGACUGGUUUAUCAGAAUCUAAUGCAGGUAACAUCAGCACUGGGAAAAGUGGUGUGUAAUGGUUUCAUAAUGUGCCAAAUUUCAGCAUGAUAUUUUUGCUUUUACUAAACAACCCUGAGGGGUUUUGUCAUUCUCAUGUAAAUUAUGAUUUUACACCAAAAAAAAGGCUAAUAAAGCUUUUAGCUUUUUGUGUGUUUA